AUGGCUUUGGACUUCUGGAAAAGCAGUCAUGCACAACAGUGGAUUUUCGAUAAAACCGAAAUUUGGAAACAGCGAGCGGAGGACAUGAAAACGUAUAGUGAGGAGGAGUACAGCCGGUUGAAUAUCUUUUGGGCGAAUUUCAUCACCGCUGUGGCCACUGAGUGUGCGCAUUCCCAGGCGAAUGUUGGCUGUAAACUUCGUCAACAAGUCAUCGCCACCGCUAUCGUCUAUUUUAAGCGCUUUUAUUUGAGACAAUCCUUCCGGGACAUGUGUCCAUUCCUGGUGGCUUCCACAGCGCUGUUCUUGGCGUGCAAAGUCGAGGAGCACACCACGCUAAGUGUGUCGAGCUUCCUCAAAAAUACCGCGCUAGUUUUGCCAAAACGCUGGGGAGUGGCCUUCGAAACGAACUCGGCGAAGAACGGAGUCCUCUACGACUCGGAAUUCAUCCUGGUGGAGAUUCUAGACUGCUGUCUGGUGGUCCAUCAUGCCACACGACCAAUGUUCGAGCUACUGGAAGACUGGAAGCAACACACGCUGACAUCAACCAACACUCCAGUCAAGGACUUUGAUCAAAUCGAGAUUCAGUGUCAAAAAGUGGUGAAUGACACGUUGAGAUGUGACGUUGGCCUGAUGUUCGCACCCCAUUGCAUUGGAUUGGCGUCGAUUAGUGUUGGAAUGGAGCUGAUGGGAAGGGGAGAGGAGUUGGAGGAUUGGUUGGUAGAGGUGGACACUGACAUGGAUAAGCUGGCCGACUGUAUCAACCAGAUCUACACAAUGUACCAACUGUGGCGUUCGUUCGAUGAGAAGGAGGAGGUGAAGAAGUUGAUGGCGAAACUCCCCAAGCCAAAUACACCCAUUCCACCACCACAACAACAACAAUCCUCUUAUCAUAUGUAG